UCCCCUUUUGGGUAAAAGAAAGAGCGCAGGGAUCACAGGACGGGAAGCCACGGAAGAUGCUGGCCUGGGAUGCAGGAGACAUGGAGGAGGAGAGGCCGGGGGAGGGGAAGAACCGGGGAGGCAAUCUGCUCUGAAGCAAGCACGGAUGGAGCGGGAUUCCAGGAUGAGGGAGGGAGACCCGUGUCUGCCGCAGAUUGAUGGCUGUGUCCUUGGAACCGAGGCAAGUUCGGCCCCGACCUGCUGAAUGAAUGCAGAGCUGUGCUGAAGGAGAUGCUGGCUUGGGAAGUAGCCAAAGCUCUUCCAGCUGACCCCCAGCCUGUACCUCAGGACCCAGACUGUUUUCAUCCUUGGAGGCCUAGACAGCAGGUGCCACUUGGGAUCCUCCCCUCCCUGGAGAACAAAGACCCCCACUGGGGAUUCUAGCAGCCACUGAGGCUAAGGACUCCUGAGAUUCUGGGAGCCCCAUGGAGGAGACUCAGUUCCUUUCAGGCUGCCUUCCCAAAACACCUUUCAUGGGCCCCUUUGGACUCAAGCCCACUGGGCCACCAGGAGAAAUGGCCUCUGAGACCUUGAACGCUGGAGACCCAGGUGCAACCCUGGCUUCCUAAUCAGUCCCAGACUUGAGGCAAGGCUUAAGUUUUCUCAGAAGAAGUGCCAGGACCUUUAAAGGGCACCUUUCAUCUCCCUCAGCGCCUCCCUCCUGUCUCUCAGACAUAGCAGGGAGAGGAAGCGCCCAGCAGGCAUGACUGGGAGGGACACAACGGAUCUGCAGGAAGCCUUCCAGGGCCUGCUGGCAGCCAGUCCAGCCCCAUCCUUGUCCCCUCCCUUUCUCAAGUUUUGAUCAUCAUUUUAAACCCUGGGGGACUUCGCCUGGGUUCCUAGCCCCCUGGGCUCCAGAGGGGGACUUCUCGGGGAGCUCAGGAAGCCCUUUGGUGCACAGAGGCUCCAGGAAGGGCUUGAGCCAUGACGCCAGGCGCUCAGAAGCCCCACCUUCAAGGGCUCAGGCCCCUGAUGUAGCUGCCUUCCCAUGUCACUGACUGCAUUCCAUGGACACAGUCCCCAUGGGCUCCCUUCAGCGCGGCUGCCGCCAGCUGCCUAAAAUGGGUGACACCUGGGCACAGCUUCCCUGGCCUGGGCCCCCCCACCUAGCCAUGCUGCUGAUCUCCCUUCUCUUGGUGUCUGGGGUGAUGCCCUCGGAAGGCAGCAGCAGCUGCCCGGUCCUCUGCACGUGCCGUAACCAGGUGGUGGACUGCAGCAGCCAGCGCCUAUUCUCCGUCCCCCCGGACCUGCCCAUGGACACCCGUAACCUCAGCCUGGCGCACAACCGCAUCGCAGCGGUGCCGCCCGGCUACCUCACGUGCUACAUGGAGCUCCGGGUGCUGGAUUUGCGUAACAACUCCUUGAUAGAGCUGCCCCGGGGCCUCUUCCUCCACGCCAAGCGCUUGGCACACCUGGAUCUGAGCUACAACAACCUCAGCCACGUGCCGGCCGACAUGUUCCAGGAGGCCCACGGGCUGGUGCGCAUCGACCUGAGCCACAACCCGUGGCUGCGGAGGGUGCACCCCCAGGCCUUCCAGGGCCUCGUGCAGCUCCGAGACCUGGACUUGAGCUUCGGGGGCCUGGCCUUCCUCAGCCUCGAGGCCCUCGAGGGCCUGCCCGGGUUGGUGACCCUGCAGAUCGGCGGCAACCCCUGGGUGUGUGGCUGCACCAUGGAGCCCCUGCUGAAAUGGCUUCGGAACCGGAUCCAGCGCUGCACCGCAGACUCUCAGCUGGCUGAGUGCCGGGGCCCCCCUGAAGUCGAGGGUGCCCCGCUCUUCUCACUCACCGAGGAGAGCUUCAAGGCCUGCCACCUGACCCUGAGCUUGGACGAUUACCUAUUCAUCGCAUUUGUGGGAUUCGUGGUCUCCAUCGCCUCCGUGGCCACCAACUUCCUCCUGGGCAUCACAGCCAACUGCUGCCACCGUUGGAGCAAGGCCAGUGAAGAGGAAGAGAUCUGACAGGGGUGGGGGCCUCCCGUUCCCCCACCCCCGUGCUGCCCAUAGCUGCUGCCACUAACCACUGGAUCCCUCCCUGACUGCCCGCUCUGGUUCCACGGUGCCCUGGCUGUCUCACUUGUGGCCCAAGCAAAGUCUAGAAACUAACUUAGUGUGAACUAAGUUGUGUGAACAACUGCUUUGAGCCAGGCACCACGCAUGUCAGACAGAACUGGGAGUGUCAGAGGAAUUGACCCAGACCCAGCCCUCGAGACGUGCACCUCUGGUAGAGGAGAAAGAUCUACUAAAAUCUGUUCACAGUAAGACGGUAGGUAUAUGGGCACUCUGAGCACAUCGCUAUGGAAGCCCAGAGAGGCGACCAUCAGCUGUGUCCAGCAAAGUCCAAGAGCAUUACAGGAAUGGAGUGAUGUGUGAGCUGGGUCAUCAAAAAAUGUCUACUUUACCCUGUAGACAAAGAAGGGCAUCCAAAAAUGACAGAGGGAGGCCAGAUUGUGCACGGUGUGUGAAAAAUAGUGAACAUUUCCUCGUCUCUUAAGUGCAUAGAAGGCGUGUGGUUGUCCUCAGCAAGUUAACCCAAACUGUCAAUAGCCCAAACUGUCAACCCUCAGCACUGCCAACCACUGCCUCCAGGGACUGAGGGCACCUUCAUGCCAUCCCCCUGGCCUCUUUCCACCAGCAGCUGCUUGGCGAGACCACCUCCCAGGAGCUGCCCACCAGCCAUAGCCUGCUGGUGAGGCCCCUGGCAGCAGGCUGAGGAUGGACACCUCCAUGGCUUUGGCAGAGAGAGGCAGGAAGUCCAGCAAACUGGCACAAGA